GGAAGUACUAACGUUCGAUUAGUUUAUAUUGCCGAACUACGCGAGUUUCACUCAAAGAGCCGUCAGCCAAAGAGUGCCUCGUGCGUCACCUUUCCCGGUAACGUUUCUCCGGUGCAUCUCUCCGUGAUGUCGGGCUCGCAGCUGCUCAGACUGCGGGUCAACGAGCGGCUGGAAGCGGCCGUGGAGGAAAUAUUCGGCCUCGUCGAGAAGACGAUAGCGGAGUACGAAGACGGAGCAGUCCGCUCCAAGAGAGAAAUCGGCCAGCUGAAGCGGCAGCUCGAGCAGCUGGUCGUUUUAAAACCGGAAGUGAUUUUAAACAGAGCAGACACCCAGACCAUCUUUGAGGCACGGCCUCCUUCACUGCAGCAAUAUGAGAUUACGGUGGAAGAGAUUCCCGUUCUGGAGGAAGCAAAGAUCCGAGACGGCGUCAAAGAGGAGACGGCGGAGAGGCGUCUCAGUCUGGACAUGGAGGUUGAGACCUGCAACAAAGAUGAAGUCAAGAGAGAGAUCAACCUUCUUUUAAAAGCUGAAGCGACGUCGUUCACAGCAGACACCCAGGAGAUUAGUUCUUCCCAGCAGCCCGACUGUCUGGUCCCUGUGGAGGAAAUGAAGACUUGUGAUGCUAAGCAGAUCAAAGAGGAGCAGGAGGAGAAGUCCAUCAGUCCAGACGUGGGAGCUGAAGCCUUCAACGUGGAUGAAGUCGGAGCUCCUGACUCAGAACCGGCCGAGUACCGCGAGCCGCUCCCGUCUCCCACGACUGAAACCGUGAGCCUGAACAAAAGCAUCGCCGGUGACGACGACGACGAAAGGACCGAAAUGUGUCGUUCAUCGUCGCCUCCUCGGAGCCGAAGUGCUGAGCUGCAACAGCCUCCGGGAGGAGACCGGUCCUGCCGUCUUUGUGGUAAACAUUUUAGCAAAGACUCUUUCCUCAUAAAACACGUGGCCGAGCGCCACAAAGGACACUUGGCCUUUAAAUGCCUGCAGUGCAAAAAGGAGUUUGAACAAAGGUACCGGAUGGUGAUGCAUACGAGGAUUCACACCGGGGAAAAGCCCUUCAGUUGUGACUUCUGUGACAAAACAUUCACUCAGAGCUCGGGUCGUAUCGUCCACAUGAAGAAGCACACCGGAGAGAAACUGGCCAGCCCACUAAAAUGUAGCGACAUGCAGAAAGGGAGCCAGGUCACCCCAGAAAAGGUGAACGUAGAGGAGGAGGAGCCCUUGAAAUGCUUUGAAUUGGCAACGAGGAGUUUAAUCAAAAGCAGCGGCUCCAUCACGCCGGUGAAAAACCCUUUUAGUUGCGACUACUGCGGCAGAACGUUUGCUCAGAACUCGAGUUGUGUGGUUCACAUGAGACAGCACACCGGAGAGAAGCCGUUUCUCUGCAGGAAAUGCGGCAAGAGAUUUAUUAGCAGCGGCCAUUUAAAAUCGUGCAAAGGGAAGAACCGCUCUGCACAACAGGCGGCAGAACUGUGACGUCAAUUAUAUAUAUUUUUUUAUUAAAUGUGCAUUCUAGUGUUUUGGAAUGUUUGAACUCGUCUCAGACUUUCUUCUUUUUUUUUUCUUCUUCAAUUUAAAGUUUAUUCUUUUGCUGAAAUAAGAAGCUGUACUCGUCAGUUUGUUUCUUUUGAUACCGUUUCAUCUGGAUUACGCAAAUAAACUGUUUGGCUUUAA